ACCCCUCAAAUUACUCUCUACUCAGCUACCAUCACACCCCCCUCUCUCUCUCUCCACCCCAACCCAAAUCAACCCUCACCAAAACCAACUCUCUCUCUCUCUCUCCUCAUCCCAAAUCAACUCCAGUGCAACCAACUCCAAUUCACUUUCUUAAUUUUAGCGAAAACUUAUAUGGGCACCACGAUUAUUGGUGGAGCUUUGAUUUUACAGAGGCAUAACUGUCUGUGAUAUUCUCGUCCUCCAUGACAGAUUGUGAUUGAUGAAUGAAGGAAUUCUUUGACGGCUACCACGCACAUAAUAACUGUGGUGAUUGGGGCUGGGGUUUUGGCUCUAGCGGAUGCCAUGGCGCAGCUAGGGUGGAUAGCUGGUAUAGCGACUAUGAUAGCCUUCCAGUCAUCUCCACUUUCACUUACAAUCUUGUAGCAGAUUGCUAUAGAUUUCAGACCCAGUUACUGGCAAGAGAAAUUACACUUACAUGCAAGCUGUCAAGGCAUACUUAGGUAUUUACCCUUAUCUCAUUUAAUGAGCAAGAUAAAAAUUUGAACCCAUCUUGCAAAAGGAGAAAUUGGGCUGAACCCAAGCACUCCAAGCCCAGCUCAAAUUCAGGGUCCUCUUCCCUUCCAUCACAAUCCAGACACAGAAGGCCAACAAUCUCAUUUCUCCUCUCUCCCUCUCAACUAAGUGCGGGGCUGCUGUCAAAAGAACCACCGUCGGCGAGCCAAGCACCACCGUCUGGCUCCAGUGGCUCCUUCUCCACCUUCCCUCAGUUCCGUUCGCACCGUCCGUUGCAGAAUCCAAUGCUAGCUGCGGCAACCCGUCGCUAUCUCGUGCUCCAUCGUAAUUCCCUGGAAACGCCACCGCCACCUGCUUCUUCGUCGUUCGAGCCUCCUCUUCGAGAUCCCAAGGGAAGACCGCCGCAAGGAGUGGAGCUGGUCUUGCCAAGAUCGGAGAAACGCGCCGGAACCCUCCGCCACACCUUCGAGGAUCUCCGGUGCCGGUCGCUGCUGCCAUUCCGUCAACCCAGGGCGUCGCGAGCAUCUGCUCCCCCUUCACGGAGGUGCCGUCCUCGGCGCCGCUACCUGUUGUCAGAUAUGCCGCUGCUUCGUCCUCGACCGGAUUUGUUCCCCGCCACGGACGACCACCGGCAUCCAAAGAUUGCGUUCCGGCAUACAGUGUCCGUAAAACUUGGUUGGCUAUUUGAUGAUGGUAUGAAUUUGAGCUUUUCAUCCAAAAGUCGUAACCUUUUGGCUCGAGCUUUUCAUGCUGGUAAGCGUUUCUUAAACCCAGAUUCUGGAGAUAUUGUUUUCAAAGCUAUUUGUGUUAAUUUAAAGCAUAAGAGAUGGAGUGUAUUGGAGCGAUUAUCACCCAAGCUCACCAGCUCCUUGGUGAGCCAAGUUGUUUGCGAGUUCCAAAACUCGCCACAGUUGGCUUUAGAUUUUUAUAACUGGGUUGGAGGGUUGUUCCCUCAUUCAUUAGAUUCCUGUUGCACUUUGGUUCAUGUGCUAGUGAAGUCAAGAAAAUUUCAUGAGGCCCUGUUUCUGCUGAGAAACUUGAUUACUCAAGACGGUACUUCUCCAUUGGUGGUGUUGGAAGUAUUGAUAGAGAGUUAUCGAAAAUGUUGCUCUAGUAUUGCGGCUUUUGAUUCAUUGGUGAGGGCUUGUACUCAGGUUGGGGCUACUGAAGGUGCUUAUGAUGUCAUCUAUAGUUUAAGGAGUCGGGGUUGUUUCAUUACUAUUCAUGCUUGGAAUAAUUUCCUAAAUCACUUGUUGCAAUUGAAUGAAAUCGAUAGAUUUUGGAAUUUGUAUAGAGGAAUGGGUUCUUUUGGUUACAUGGAAAAUGUGAAUACUUUUAAUUUGGUUAUCUAUGCUCUGUGUAAGGAAUUCCGACUAGUGGAAGCUAUUUCAGUUUUAUAUAGGAUGAUGAAGGGUGGAAUUUUCCCCAAUAUAGUCUCGUUUAACAUAAUCAUAGACGCGGGGUGGAAGAUUGGCAAAUUGGGUCUUUCCUUGAAACUCUUUAAAAGGAUGACCAUGAUAUCAGGGGAUUUUGUUUGGCCCAAUUCUGUUACGUACAACUGCAUAAUCAACGGGUUUUGCAAGACUGGAAAAUUAUUACUUGCAGAAGAAAUGCUUCAUAAAAUGGCCAAGGCUGGUAAAGAGCCGAGUGUUCGUACAUAUGCUACUUUGAUAGAUGGGUAUGCUAGGUGGGGAAGUCUGGAGGAGGCACUGAGGUUCUGUGAUGUAAUGGUGGAAAGGGGAUUGGUCCCUAAUAACGUUGUUUAUAAUUCGAUUUUAUAUUGGCUUUAUCGUGAAGGAGGGAUUGAGGAAGCUUCUAUGCUACUAUCUGACAUGAUUGAUAAGCAUAUAUGGCCUGAUCAAUACUCAUAUGCAAUUCUUACCAAAGGCUUUUGUAGAAAUGGAAAUCUGACUGAAGCUCCUAAGUUUCAUAGCCAGAUUUUAGAACAUAACCUAAUACAUGAUUCUUUUUCUCACAACAUACUUCUUAAUUAUAUAUGCAAAAGGAAAAACAUGGCAGGAGCUAAGCAAUUAUUGGGCAACAUGAUUACUCGUGGCCUUGCUUUUGAUGUUUAUACAUACGGAACUAUGAUUGAUGGAUACUGUAAACUAGGUAACACAAACGACGCGCUCCAAGUUUUUGAUUGGAUGAUAAAGAUGGAUGAGAAGCCCAACUUGACAAUAUACAAUUCUGUCAUUAAUGGUCUGUGUAAAAUGGCCUCAACAGAUGCUGCAGAAUACAUAGUUGAUGAAUUACGAAAGAGAAGAUUAUUUGAUGCAACGACCUUUAAUACCUUGAUUAGUGGAUAUUGCACUAGUGGACAAAUUGAUAAAGUGUUUAAUUUGACGAUGGAAAUGAAAAGGUUGGGAAUUUCUGCAAAUAGAGUCACAUAUAAUACACUGAUAAACCUUCUUUGCAAGUGUGGUUGCGAGGAAGAAGCAAAAGAAUUGAUGAAGAUGAUGAUUGUCCAGGGUAUUUGUCCUGAUUUUGUAACGUACACUACACUUGUUACUCACUUCAUCAAGAAAUGUAGUCCUAAUGAGGUGAUUGCAUUGCAUGACUACAUGAUUCUAAAAGGAGUUGUCCCUGACCAGAAAACAUAUGAUAUCAUUGUAACACCACUUCUAAAAGAAGAAGGAUGAAAGAAAAAGUCAUAAUACGAUAUGUAUAGUAUUCUAAAAGGUUGUCUGGUCUCAGUUUAUCACUUUUCCAUUUUUUUCUUUAAUACUGAUAGAUCAUACCAUUCAUUCUUUAGUGUACCAAUUAUAUUCCUGUCAAUUCAAAUUACUUCAUUUUAAUUUUG